ACUCCCUCCAGCCUGCAGCGUCCCGACUCCGACCUCCUUUUCCCACGUGUGCUUGCAUGUCGUCGCGACCGAAGGGAAGCGGACGAUUUGGGAGUCGAGCUCGAAACGAGAAGGACGCGGCGCGAUAGUGUUGGACCGCGGCCCGCCGACGGCGCUUCCUUUCAGCGGGUCGCCCUCCUCGCACUCGGCUCCCGCGAACGAGGAUGUAAGCUGGAGCUCGCCAGGACGAGCUCGGAUUUCGGCAUCGGCCAAAGUGCUUUGGGCGCGGAGACGGCACGUCGGGAUGAGGAGCACCUCCCGGCCGGUCGGAACCCUUUGAAACGGCAGAUUCGACGCGAAGAUGAAGCGGCUCGCCGCGGCGGCUAGCAGGCACAAUGGCCUCGUCGCCCCGCUGCGGAACAACAACUCGGGAGCUUCGAGCAUCGUCCCGACGCCCCAAAGGAGAGCCGCUUCCACCUGCGCCAGCGAGGGCAAGGGGUGCUCCGUGAGCGCGAACCGAUGCCCCGCCGCCAAACCCGAGCUGGUUUGCAAGUGGACGGGCCGGAUUUCCUCCAGGCAGAGGUUCGGGCGGGCGGCCGCGUACGUCUGCGAGCGAACGUUCGGCUCCAUGCGCGACCUCGUCGACCACGUCAACGCCGAGCACGUCGCGACGGGGCUCGACGCGCUCGCUCACGUCUGCAUGUGGGACGAAUGUGUGCGCGACGGGAAGGCGUUCAAAGCCAAAUAUAAACUUAUCAACCACAUCCGCGUGCACACCGGGGAGAAGCCCUUUCUGUGUGCGUUUCCCAACUGCGGCAAGAUGUUUGCACGAUCCGAGAACCUCAAGAUCCACACUCGCACGCAUACCGGUGAGAAACCAUUCCAGUGUGAGUUUUGCGAGCGACGCUUUGCCAACAGCAGUGACCGUAAGAAGCAUUCACAAGUCCACAGUUCCUCAAAACCCUAUGACUGUAAGGCCCUGGGCUGUACCAAGUCCUAUACACAUCCAAGCUCUUUGCGCAAGCACAUGAAAGUCCACGUCAAAUCAUCACCUACCUCUGAACCCUACGGCAUGAACAACUCCAUCCAACAACCCCAAGAACCGCGUCCUCUCCUUGAACCACUCGAUCUUAAAAUUCACCACUUGUCGCCAUCGUUCAGCAAUAAAAACACAGGUUUUGACAUUGAUGAUAAUACAGCCAACAAAUUAAACAACAGCCUCCAGCCUAGUUCAUCUCCCUCGGCAAUGCCUUUGGACCUCUCUCUCUCGGGACUGAAGAGUCAGCUGGCCCAGCAGCAGCAGCAGACUCACAGAACCCCAGGGAGGAGCCAGCUGUCAUUCAUCCCAGCCAUACCCGAGUUGCCUAACAUUAAGGAGUGGUAUGUCUGUACCAGAACUACAACACCAAACCUUCCUCUCUCUCACCCAGAGGACAUCAAAUCGGAACCAAGUGACGAGGAGGAUUAUGUCACGUAAUACAGUGGGACCCAGAGUGGAGGAGCUUAAAAAUGGACCAAUAUUGUCAAACCCCGAACAGAGGAUCUGUGGAAUUGUUCCAUUUGUUUUUGAAGGAAGCUGUGGUACGUUAUCUUUGGUUCAAAGUGUCACCGAUGUUAAUUCCUCAAGAUACCACAAGCUAGGCUUUUCUCCCGGAAAAACGAACAAGACUGUUGUUAUCAACUACACUGCUAUGCACAUUCAAUUUGUAUGAUAGCGAUGCUUUGAAUUUCCCUGAUGUUUGAUUUGGAAUAAUUAUUUGGGUUUGACGAUGUCAAGCCCUUUUUUUCUGCAUUAUUGUGUUUUAUCGUGUCUCAGAAUGUAUUUUGGGUGAUUAUAAAUGCCUCGGCUGUACAGUUUGGUCCAAAAGUAUUUGAAAAGUGGAAUCGUUUUGCCUUUCCCUCUUUAUACGCCACCGGAAUUGAUUUGAAUGAAAGCAAUCAAGAUGUCAUUGAAGUGAAGACUUUCAGAUUGAAUUGAAGAUGUUUGACACAGCAACAUGGCUCGGAAUUCUCAAUUAAUCGAUGCUGUGUUCCAAUUUUGAUGGGUACAAUUGGAGUCGGAACAUCCUAUACGGUAUAGCAUUUGUAAAGUGAAACUCCUUCGUCGUCAAUGUGUGCCUGAAAUCUGGUGCCUGUGGACAUCAUCUGGGAAUUUACUUCCAGGAGAUCCUUUCACUUCAGGCAACUGCCUUUGUUUGCUGUUUGUGGGUCUUGUGGACUUCAUAUUUGUCUUUUGUAACUGAAAAGCAUGCCCUCUUGGAUUCUGAUCAAACCACGGACUUGGAAAUGAAGGAAUGUUUCUUGUCGUUACCUUUCGAAAGUUAUCUUCUCACUUUUUGUUUGCCAGUGAUUUGGAUUCUGGAACACGGAAGACUUUUUAGGUGCUUCGUAUCGGCUUCUCAUUCCCGGAGCGGUGCUUUGCACCUCGGCGUGGGAAUCCUCUCUAUUUACCUGAAUAUCAUAACAGCUCUUGGUAACGGAUUUGGACAACGACGCUGCUGGCUUUUGCGCAGACGGUGUGGUUUUUAUUCCCAGGCACUGUCCCAAUAGCCAACCGCUGCCAAGUACAUAUAGGCGAGUUGCGUAAGGAAGGGCAUCGGCACAAAUACUAUACCAAGUCAACCGGGCGAGUGACCCGCUGCGGUGACCCCCGACGGAACGAGUCGAAAGUCACGGCAACGCCGACUGUAGCGAGCCCGUCGUAUUGUUACAAAAGUCUCCACUUCACUCCCGUCCGAAAGCUUUGCAAAAUCACAAAAACCUCUGUAAAUCCAAAUACUUCUGGCCUGAAUCAUGAGUGCCCAACAAGCAAAAAUAGAGAAAUUCGAAAGAAUUCUGGUGCAUUUUUAAAAUGUAUUAUUUUCUUCAUUGAAAUUUGACCCACGCUUAAAAUGUGGAUGUGCCCUAUUAUAAACAAA